AGAUGUCUGACCCCUCCCCCCAACCCUAGGCGCGUGACGUCAUUUAUGGACGGCCCCCAUACAUCUUGUGAAUUUUGUUACAAUACAUUAGCGUAUCAGAUCAAUGGUAACGUACACCUGUCACAUAUUCCUCUACAUUGUUGGUCGCUACAUGACCACACUUAGGGGGAUUUGCCGAUGGCCCCGCGAAUCCUGUGCGCGGCGAUGGCUGUGAUGAUAAUCGUCAGGAGGGAUUCAUCCAGCAGUGAAUAGAGAAUGCCUGUCGAUGACGACGACGAAGACGACGAUGAUGAUCACAGAGGGCAACAACCUAGAAAUCAGGAGGUAAAACCUCUGAUCCGCAGACACACAAAUGACCGAGGCAGUCUUCCUGCGUAAACAAACUCGGCCAAGCACAGCGGCGGCGGGGGGAGGAGGAGGGAGAGAGAGAGAGAGAGCUGCCUUCAUUCAUUCUAUCGUCUUAUAUGAUGGAUGCUGCAUAGUGCCGCCGCCACCACCACCAACCACCACGCCGGCUGGGCCAACAUGGCGAGGAUGGCUCCGCUGUUGGAGCAGGAGCUGUCCGUGCUGCUGAGGGGCCAGGCGGUCCCCUACACGCAGAGCGACGUGUCGCCCCCCCAGGGCGCGCCCACCGACGCCGUCGCCCUGCGCACUAACGUCUGCUACAUCAUUGCUGCCGUUAUCCUCAAUGACAAGAACGAGGUGCUGCUGACCCAGGAGGCCAAGCCGAGCUGUCGAGGUCGGUGGUACCUCCCGGCAGGCCGGCUCGAGCGGAGGGAGAGCCUGGUGCAAGGCUUGCAGCGUGAGGUGCGUGAGGAGACCGGACUGGAGUGCGAACCCUACACCCUGCUCAGGGUGGAGGAGAGCGGCCUGCGAUGGGUCCGCUUUGUGUUUCUAGCCACAGUCACGGGUGGCAAAUUGAAAACGGAGGCGGAGGCAGACGAAGAGUCUCUGCAGGCGUGUUGGUGGGACCGCGUGUGCCCGCUGCCCCUGCGUGGCCGUGACAUGCUGGGGCUGGUGGGUGCCGCCGUGGCCUAUGCCAGGCUGCCACGACACCCCCACGCGCUACCCAGUGAGCUGCCUUGCCCGGUUGUGUGCCUGCGCGCCACCGUGGUGUGGUGGCCACCUAGUAUUGAAGAGGGUAUGGUGUAUGUACUGGGAUGUGGUGAUCGGGAAGUAGAUCCACACCUGCCCGUGACGGUCUGUGGGUUAUCACAAGCAGAAGCCUCCUCCAGCAUCCAGACAGCAAUUACCAGGCUGCUCCAGAAGGUGUGGCCCAGCCCUCCCAAGAUUCACGCACGAAUGUUGGGGCUGCUGGGGAUACAGCACUUGGCGGGAGUUGGGGUGGACGGUGGCGCUGAUGGGAUCUGCUUCAACAUCCUGAUCACAAUCAGUCCCACAAAGCCAUUGGCGAAGGAUGGUGGCAGCACUUGCCCUGCGGGCACGCCAGGAACGGACGGUGGCUGCGAGCUUCCAGUGGUAAAGGAGCCCAGCUUCUGCUGGCACAAGGUCGAAGGAGAAGAUAUCAAAAAAGAACUUGCGUCGAGAAUUGACGCAAAAGCCCUCAUCCCCAUUAACUGAUGCCUGUUCUCCACGGUACAGCUGAGCCGAGCCAUGCUGGGGCCAUGCCAGGGUUGUGCCGAGCCAACCCGGCGCAGCUCUAGAGGCACCAAGUUGUAUUUUUCCACUGGACGCAAUGGACCGGUCAAGUCGCAUAUAGAUGACGCGGUGACGCUGUGGCCUCACAGAGCACCGACUGACGUCACACGCGAUGGAACGCGUCGUUAGCCCCUUUCCCUGGCCCCGAGCCAGAUUCAGAUGUCACGUGGGCUACGGUUUCACGGUUUGGUUCCAGCAGGAGAUGGUAAAUAUCCAGUGGAAAUAAAAAAAACCUUCGUACUGUAUAGGCACCGGUGCUGGCUAGGCUCAAAUGUAUCGGUGGCUUGAGAAUUAACUUCGGUGUUGGGCAAGCCCUACAUUUGAAAAGCAUAACUUUGUUUACACUUGUGCGGAGAGUUCAGGAAUCUUACACGAACGAGGUUACCAAAGGUAAUUGCAUAUUAUUUAUGUUCGGCUUGUAAUAAUGAUUGCUGUUAAUUGUAAUGUACCGGUUGAUUACUUUUUAGGAUUGCUUUUAUUUAAAAAAAUUAAGUGACUUUAAUCGACGAUUCAAUAUGCUAAUUUGGGUGGAAACACAUUAUCUAACUGGGAAGAAAAUGUAGUUUGUGUAGUGAUGCCUUAGGUGAGUUGAAUAUGACAUAUCAUUCUAAUCAUGUCAUAUCAUAUAGUUAAAACAAAUAUUUAGUCAUCUAAAUGUUAACAGACUUGGAUGAUCUGCAGAUGUAAAUACCACAUACUGUACGCCUGGACAUUAUACACCUCAUUUGCAUAUUGACAGGUGUACAUUUUCAUCAGGUUUUUGACAACAAUUUGCCGAUAGCUCCAUUACCAACAAUGGGGGGAAUGUAGGUUUCAUCAGGAUGUAAACCUACCACAUUUGUAUUUGCUCCAACGAGCUGUCAGUCAGAGCUGGGCGGUUCAUUCAGGAAUCGUAUUCCAUUCGUGCAAUUCCACCCUGGAUUAUUUCUGCGAUUCUUCUAUGGGCGAUGCCGACUUGGCAGUCUCUCGUUCACUUGAAGUAAGAUGGCAGCACUUGCUCGAGUCCCGCUCGAGUACCACUCGAGGUGUAUAAUAAGAUCGAGUGGGACUCGAUUGGGACUCGAUGGCGGGAGGUCCCGGUGGUAGUUCUGGUCUCGGCGAUAAUCCCGGGCCGUUUCCCGCAGCCUACUAGUAUCAACCACGAUCACCAUUGAAACAGUUGGACAUUACAUAAUAAUAAUCUAUAUUUUAUAAAGCGCCUAUUCUAUUGAAACUUCUCAAAGUAUAGAUAAAAUUCAAUCGAAAUGCAGCAAGAGCCAAUAAUAAUGACUGCACCCGAAAUAUAGCGAGAGUAAAGAAGAAACUAAUGAAGGCCAACAAUAAUAAUUACAUUUACAGUAUGGUGAAAAUAUCAUCGUCAAACUACAGGCUGUUCAGCUGCACGUUUCAAUGGCGAUCAUCAUCUCAAUAUAGGCUGGCUGGAAGCUGGGUUGAUACGAGCCGUGUGGCAUAAGCCAGAAUUACCAUUUAAACACGACAAGAGGGCAUCGGGGCCUCUGCGUGCCACACCCUGGCUCCGUGCAGCCCGGCUUCUCGACGAUGCCACGAUUCUGAAAAUGCCACUAUCCCGCGAUGAAAUUGUGUACGACUGUAGCAAUGGAAUCGUGCUUUGAGCCUAGGCUAUCAUGAGAAUCUCUCAGCGUCUGUCAUCAGCAUCAUUGUAAAAUGCUCUGUCUCCGUGAAAUAUUUGCCUGCUUCAACCUUGAGCUUUUCGUGCGGGAUGUGAAUGACGUUUCGCCCGAGUGAGUCGCUGGCAUAUGUCAGGCUAUUGUUUAAGUAUCCCCCAGGGGUGAGUGCCUUACACGACUGCCCUUGAGCAGGAAAGGUUAAGCUGAUGCAGGGUACGCUCCGGACGAGUGUGUGUGCUCGCGAUUAGGCAGAAGCUCUAACUUUGAAAGCAUUCCGAAUGAAACGAAAGAUGAAGGGAACGCAGGUUGGUUAAACUAUUCGUUAAAUGUUAGAUCGGUUAGACCAGUUUUCAGUCAAACACUAACUAACUAUCGCUGGCUUCAAUGUGCAGGGCAGGGUUUCCACCCUCUACAGUACAAUAUAGGUGGGACAUACCACGGGAAGAAUAAUAUCUCAAUACCAGCAGGCGGGAUAAUGACAUGUAAAAUGCAUUGUCUUGAGUGAGUGGUGUAUUAUCAUUCUGUUUAUACACCUGACACCAGCGGUGUUAAUGUCUCAGACGGACAGAUUUCCCAGCACAGCUGCUGCCUUCAAACGGGAGGAUAAUUCUGGGAAAACCAAAACAGGUGGCAACGCUUGUCUAUUUGUAGCUACUCCCCCCCCCCCCCAUUGAUUUCUAAUGAUCCUUGUACUUUUGAACAGCUAAAGUGAAUGUUGUGAAAGUCUUGGCACCGCAUCUUGCAGAGGGGAGUGUUAAACGAUGCAAUGAGGACGUAUAGAUUUUUUUUCGUUAUUUAAAUGGGGUAUCGAUGAAUGGAUGACGGUUCAGUUGAGUUGAAUUGUAGUGCA